UUAUAUAUCUCACAAGAAGAUAUAGUCCACGUUGGCUUAAUGGAAGAGAUUGGAGCAUCAUGUGUAUCGUUAUAUAUCAGGAUUUUAUACUUCCAAUUAGUGAAAAGAGAGAUCAGUCACUUUUUUCGUUUUGUUGAGCCAAUUUGGUUAUCAAAUGUUGGAUCCACUGAAGAAGAACGAGUUGAAUGGGUAUCAAAGCGUAUGAUUGAUUCAAAUCCGGGUCAGAUAUGGUUGUUGCCAUAUCAUAAGGGAAAGCAUUGGAUGCUUAUAAUAAUUGAUUUUGAUCACCAAUUGUGCUAUUUCCUGGAUUCUCUUCACAAUUUUCCACCAGAUGAAAUCAAAUCUCUCAUUUCUCGUGUCUUUCAACAUUUACGCACAAAUAAUGCGAAAACUAAGGAAGUUGCGUGGAGAACAGUUAAGUGUCCUCGUCAACCAUUACAAUCAGCACAAUGUGGAUUCUAUGUUAUGAGGAUGAUGAAGGACUUCCUGACAAAUGAAUUUUCAAUGCGAUGGCUAACUAGUAACUGUGGCGGGAAGAACUAUUACACAAAGGAUGAGAUCAAUGAAGUAUGUGAAGAAUGGGCACAAUGCGUCAUGGAUUUGAUGAGUACUACAUAGGUCCACCCACUUUUGUUAACAUAGACUUUUAAUGAGAUAUACUUACAAUGUUAAC